CCAUCCAAAAAUCGCAAAUCUUUUCACUCAUAAACUUUGGACUUCGAAGAAUCAAGCCACGAACGUUCAGUUCAGGAAGCGAAUCAGACGAAACCUUCAAGAAAAUGCCGGUCAUGGAGAAGCUGAAGAUGUUCGUAGUUCAAGAGCCCGUAGUGGUUGCAUCUUGUCUAAUCGGAGGAAUUGGUCUUUUCCUUCCUGCCGUUGUAAGACCAAUUCUGGAUUCAUACGAAGCAUCUAAGCAAGCUCCUCAGCCUGUAUUAAGUGAUGUGGUUGCGAGUAUGACUGGAAAGAAAUGAGGAUGAUUGGUAUCGGUGACAUAAGAAGGUUGUUCUUGAUGGAUCAAUUAUCAUUCUCUUCUGCCAUAAAAUAAUUCUGUACAAUCUUUUUAAACGUCAUGGUUGAUAGCAAUAGUUAUUGCUACACAUUCACUUGUUUUAUGCCCAAUGCAUAAGACUGAUUUUCAAGAUAUUUCAGCUUUUAGCACUCCGUUUGAAGCCCUAUCAAAACUUGGUUUCACCAUAAAUUGAGUUCUAAAAACUCGUUUGAUUUUCUUUUCUUGUUUGUUUCAAACGAGGGAUCGAACCGUUGACUUUUGGGAUGGUAAGUUGAUAAUUGGCAAAAGUCAAAUUGAGCGUACCUCAUUAUAUACGUGAGGAAAGAACUAAAACACGAAUCACUUCGUCCUUGUUU